AUGGAUUCCAAUAACCAAAGCAACACAAAAAGCCAUAGCAUCAAUGAAAACCAAGUUGUGGUGGUUGUAGUACCUUUCCCAGCACAAGGUCAUCUAAACCAGCUUCUACACUUGUCACGCCUAAUCUUAUCACACAACAUACCUGUCCAUUAUGUUGGCACUUCCAUACACAACCGUCAAGCAACACUUCGUGUCCAUGGUUGGGAUCCAAACUCCAUUUCAAACAUCCAUUUUCAUCACUUCAAACUUCCUCCAUUUCUUUCACCUCCUCCCAACCCGAACUCAGAAACCAAAUUCCCUUCUCAUAUGUUUCCUUCUUUUGAAGCCUCUAAGCAUCUUCGUCAGCCUGUGGCGGAACUCAUGCAGUCACUGUCGUCUAUAUUCAAAAGGGUUGUUGUGAUUCAUGACAGUCUUAUGGCAUCGGUUGUGCAAGAUGCUAUAAACAUAGCAAAUGUUGAGAAUUACUCGUUUAUGUGCACAUGUGCUUUUGCAGUUUCGUACUCACGAUUGAUAGCGGUAAAACUUCCACCAGAAAUGACAGAUAUUAUACAAGCUCCUUCUACGGAAGGAUGUUUUACAACCCAAAUGGAGGAAUUCCUUGAUGUACAAAGUGAGUUCUCUAAAUUCAGUGAUGGGAGCAUCUACAAUACAAGUAGAACAAUUGAAAGUUCUUACUUGGAGUUUAUAGAGAAAAUUGAUUGCAAUAAGAAGCUUUGGGCUUUGGGACCCUUCAACCCUUUAACCAUUGAGAAGAAAGAUUCAAAGGGUAGGCACUCAUGCAUGGAAUGGCUUGACAAACAAGAACCAAAGUCAGUUAUAUAUGUAUCAUUUGGAACAACAACAACCUUAAAAGAUGAAGAGAUUGAGCAGAUUGCAAUUGGGUUGGAACAAAGCAAGAAAAAGUUCAUUUGGGUGUUGAGAGAUGCUGAUAAAGGAGACAUCUUUGAUGGGAGUGAAGACAAGAGAGCUGAAGUUGCAAAAGGGUUUGAAGAGAGAGUUGAAGGAAUGGGGUUAGUUGUGAGAGAUUGGGCACCCCAAUUGGAAAUUCUAAACCACUCUUCAACAGGAGGGUUUAUGAGUCAUUGUGGAUGGAACUCUAGCUUAGAGAGCAUUUCCAUGGGGGUGCCAAUAGCAGCAUGGCCUAUGCAUUCUGACCAACCUAGAAACUGUGCUUUUAUAACACAGAUGCUAAAGGUUGGUGUAGUCGUGAAGGAUUGGGCUAAAAGAGAUGAACUGGUAACUGCUUCAGAUAUUGAAAAUGCUGUUAGAAGGUUGAUGGAAACAAAGGAAGGUGAUGAGAUGAGAGAGAGAGCAAUGAAACUUAAAAAUGAUAUUGGUAUGUCCAUGGAAGAAGGUGGAGUAUGUCGUAUGGAGAUGGAUUCUUUCAUCGCUCAUAUCACUAGAUAG